AAGCGAUCUUGCACCCUGGCAUAUGCAAGAAUUUAUGAGGAAAGUUCGAAAAAUGCUGCUAACUCUGUUUGUACACCUUGUGAUUUCACAACUUAUUCUGAUGUGUCGAAUCGAAUGCGCGGAAUUACCAGGCAUGUACGCCAAUGACGCUAGUUCUUCAGCAGACCUUGUGGAAUCGCAAAAUGAGGACGUACAAGGGGCUGGGACCGAACCUGAUAUGGCGACUGAUUUACAACCGUCUUUCAUGACUGAUCUCUUCUCCUCUCUUGUGCCCAAGCUUGAAAAAGGCAUUCAGUGGCUGCUGUCAAAAUAUAUCUUCAAGAAUUCAAACUCAAACGAACUCGGAACUGAAUCUGAAUCUCCCGACAAAUAUGAAAAUCCAAUGAAUGCUGAGGAAAACAAUCAGUUACCUCCGAAGCCAUCAAUCUUUUCUAGUGUUAUGAAGUGGUUGCGCGGGAACAAGCGUCAUGCUGAAUGAAUGAUAUCUUUCUUUGGAUCCAGUCAGUCCUCUGGAGGACAAUGCAACGAUACCACUGUGCCUGGGGUUUUGAAAUCAAUAAACACUGGCUUAUUUUUUCUUUUAAGUGUUACCGCAUGUGGUUGGCUUGAUAAUUCUUUAGAUAAACACUUUUCUGUAC